AUGCAAUAAAGUAAAUUGAGAACUGUUUCACCUAUGUAAUGCUAAUAUAUUUCAACACCAUCAAAUUGUUCUGUUGGCGGGGCAUUUAAAAGAAGUAAAACCUUAAAAACACAAUCACCUUAUUCUUCCUAAAACAAAGAGACUCUUAACAAUCUAACUUAAGGAGAGCCCGAUAAAAACAAAAAUAGAUGCAAAGAAAUUAGUAUUGAAGUGGCAAAAUUUUUAUAAUAAAUCAAUAGAAAUGAAAGCAACUAUCCUUCCAUGUAUUCCUCUAAUGUAGGAAUUGAUAAUAAAAAUCAUGAGGAGAGUCUAGUAGCAUAAUAAUAAAAGUUAUAAUAACAAAAUCAAUCAUUACAAAAUAAAUGUUUAAUAAAACAAUAAGAGAUUGAUCAAUGGAAAUAAAAAUACGAAUAAACUGCUAAGUAAUUAAAUGAAUUAAAGAGUAAAUAUGAUGAGGAUAUUAAAAUAUUAAAUUAGGAGAUAUAAGCAGUUAAUGAACGAAUUACGUCAUGUGAGUAAUAAAGAAACUAUAGUUUUUUUGAUUAAAAAGCUACAGGGGAUAAUUUAACCAAUAUGAGUAUAUAGACAUUCUAAAGAUCAAUAAAUGAGAAUGAAAAUUAGAUUGAAUAAAAUAAACUAUUAGAUGAAAUAUCAGAAAAAAAUACAAUCAUUAACAGUUUGACUUUCACCUUAGAGAAAACAAAAAUAGAAGUCUCUGAAGCUUAAUUAAGAUCUAAUGGAGAAAUAGAAUAGCUAAAAAGCAAAAUUAAUUAGAUUCAAUAGUAAUAAAUGAAAAUGGAAUUCAAUUAAAAUUCAGAGAUUUAGAAGAUUAAAGUAGCUUAUAACAAUUAGAUAGAAAUAUUAAAGGAAGAAAUCAAUUAAUUAAAAUGUUUGAUAGAAAUCAAAAACUAAGAAAUACAGAAUAUAAAUAACUAAAAUUAAAGAUUAAAGUAUUAGAUAGAUUAAGAAAGUAAUACACUCUAAUAAGAUAAUGAUAUCUUGAGGUUUUAAGUAAUUAAAAAAGAAUAACAAUAUUAAGAAGAUAUUAAUCAAACCAAGUCUAAUUAUUUGUCAUUAUAAUAAAAUGAAAUAAAUUCAAUUAAAUAAAGUUCAUAAAAACAACUCUCUGAUUUAGAUACUAAAAUUAAAGAUUUAAAGGAGUUAUUAUCUUAUAAUAAUACAGAAUAAUAUUAAUUGAUAAUAGAUAGAUUAAAAUAGAGAGACCAUUACGAAAUUGAAAAUUAAAGAUUGAAUAGUAUAAUAGAAGAUCUAAAUAAACGGUUAUUAUUAUAAAGGUAAUAGUCAUAAAGUCUUAAUACUGAAUCUAUUAGGAAAAUUUAAGACCUUCAAAUUUAAUGCCAAAUGUUACUUGAAGAAACAAAUUAGAAAAUGGAAUAAAUACAAAUAGAGAAUACAUUUUUGAAAAAUUAAAUUGUAUAAAAAGAUAAUGAGAUUAAUAAUUUUGAAAAUAUUUACAAAAAAUUAAAUACUUAUAAGGAGAAUCUUACAAAACUAUAGGAAGAGAACUCAAUUAUUUUAAGUCAUUAUGAAUAAUAAGUGAAGUAAAUAUAAAAAGAAAAGGAAACUUAAAUAUAUUAAUUGUAAAGAAAUUUUGAAAGUCAAUUAAAAUAAUAUGAUUUUUAAUUACAAAAUUUAAUUAAUGAGAAAUUAUAAUAUAUGUAAAUGUUAGAAAUAAAGAAUUAAGAAUGUAUAGAUUUAAAUUUAGAAGUGAAUAAUUUAUAAUUAUAGUAAAAGAAUAUAAAAAUUGAUAAUGAAUUAUUAUACAGUAAAUUGAUAACUUUAACUAAUUCUUAAGAGUCUAACAGAAUCAUAAAUGAUCCACUCAAUAAUACAAUAUAAAUUAAAAGAAUGACAGAAUAAAUAUCCCUUUUACAAAGUGAAUUAAUGAUAAAAAAUAAAGAAUUAACUUAAAUCAUAGAUAAAUAUUAAUAAUUGGAGCAAAUUCAUUGUAAAAAUCAGAUAAAAUAAAAUGAUUUGAAUCUAAAUGAGAUAAUGUAAAAAUAAAUAAGAAACAUUGAUCAAGUAAUAAAUUAAUGA